UCCUUCCGUCAUGGCGUCUGUUUGGGUAAAAUCUUUUGCUAACCUCCCGAUCCUGUGUGUUUUCGUCCUCUUUGUGCUAUGGCUGCCGUCUGGAGGAGGACAAAAGAAGAAGGAGAACCUCCUGUCAGAGAAGGUUGACCAGAUGAUGGAGUGGUCCUCUCGUCGCUCUGUUGUACGAAUGAACGGUGACAAAUUCCGUCGCUUUGUCAAAGCCCCACCCAGGAACUACUCUGUCAUCGUCAUGUUUACAGCAUUGCAGCCUCAAAGGCAGUGUUCUGUCUGUCGGCAAGCAAAUGAGGAGUACCAGGUCCUGGCAAAUUCAUGGCGCUACUCAUCUGCUUUCUCAAACAAGCUAUUCUUCACCGUAGUGGACUAUGACGAAGGAGCGGAUGUUUUCCAACAGCUGAACAUGAACAGCGCACCAACCUUUAUGCAUUUUCCAGCAAAGGGAAAGCCAAAAAGAGCAGACACAUUUGACCUACAGAGGAUUGGCUUUGCUUCAGAGCAACUGGCCAAGUGGAUUGCAGACCGCACAGAUGUCCAGAUCCGUGUCUUCCGGCCACCUAAUUAUUCAGGGACCAUUGCUUUGGCUCUGUUAGUGUCUCUUGUCGGCGGUCUACUGUACCUGAGAAGAAACAACUUGGAAUUUAUAUACAACAAGACUGGAUGGGCCAUGGCAGCACUGUGUGUCGUUUUUGCGAUGACUUCCGGUCAGAUGUGGAAUCACAUCAGAGGUCCUCCCUAUGCUCACAAAAACCCCCAGAAUGGACAAGUGGUUUCACUGUCAUUGCCCAUGUGAGCAUUGAAGUCCCCCAGCAGAAUGAUGGAGUCCCUAACAGGGGCACUCUCCAGCAUCCCAAGGUGGAGGGAGGCUACCUUCUCGUGGGAUGAACCCCAUCAUACCGGCACUGAACCGUGGGAAAAUAGGUAUGCUCACACCUGCUCGGCGCCACUCGCCAUGCGCAACUCCACAGUGGAAAAGAGUCCAAAACCUCUCAAGAAGACUGGUACCAAAGUCCACGCUGUGUGUUGAGGUGAGCCCGACUAUGUCUAGUCUGAAUUUUUUUCGACCUCGCACACCAGUUCAGGCUCUUUCCCUCCCAGAGAGGUGGCGUUCCACAUCCCUAGAGCCAGCUUCUGUAGCCAGGGAUCAGAGCGCCAAGGUCCAUGCCUUCGGCUGUCGCCCAGCUCACAUGGUGUGAGCCCAUGGGAAGGGGGAUCCAUGUUGCCUCGUCUGGCUGUGCCUGGCCUGGCCCAAUGGGAGCACACCCAGCCACCAAACACUCACCAUCGAGCCCCACCUCCAGGCCUGGCUCCAGAGGCGGCUCUGGUGACCUGCGUCCAGGCAUGGGAAAACGUUGCCCAAAUAUUUUUGGUAUCAUAAGGGGUCUUUGAGCUGUGCUUUGUCUGGUUACCUCGGAUCUCUUUGCCAUGGGUGACCCUGCCAUCUAUGCUUCUAUGAUCAUUGGGACACACAAACUCCUCCACCAUGAUAAGUUGACAGCUCAAGGAGGAGGUUUGGUCAGUAAUAGAACAUUAAACCUUGUGUGGCUGUUAAAAAGUGGAAAACACAGUGCUAUCUUCUACACCCGCAAGCCUCUUUUGGGCCAUUCGAAAAGGAUGACAUACUUGUGAUUGUUUUGUUUUUAAACACCACCACAAUGGAUUUAAAAUGUAACAGUCAAGAUGUGACGUUUAGACUUUUGUAUUUACCAUUUAGGAAUUGCAGGCAUUUCAUACAGAAUACUUGUUCUACAUUCUUCAGUGAUGAAGUCAGAUGACUGAGCUCUACCCAAUCAAGCAUGUUUUUUUUUCUAAUCGAAAAAACUAAAAGAAUCACCAACCACAGUAAAGUAGGAAAUGAAGGUGACAGCAGUUCUUUCAUAAUUUUACUUUACUAUCUCUCUCCCUGUCUUUUUUUUC